UUUUGUGUAAUGAAAUUGUUCUGAUAAUUCCAUAACAACUAACUCAGUCGUAGGAAUUAUUUUAUUUUAUAUGAAUUGAUAGCUUGUAUGGAAUGUGGUAUCCCUGGUGUCUAUAUAUAAGGAGAAAAAUUCAUGUACAGCAGGAAAAAACGGACUUGGUCAUAAAGAUGAAAAAUGUGUUCAUAUAAAAUUUGCAAAUAGUGGUUUGGGAACGUGGAAAAUAGACGCUGGCGGUCCCGGAAUUGCCUGGCGGCUAACAAAUGACGGCUGCUGUCUGGCUAUAACCCGAGGGUAGUAUUAGACUGUUCUGGUUCUGAAGUUUAAACAAUUUCCUUAGAGCUGGAGUUUCAUCGUUUUUGGUCUCUACAAGUGUAAGAUACUUGAAUCCCAAAGCUACAAUACUUCAUAAAUAUUUCUUUUCCAGCAUAACGAUUUUGAAAACCUCUUUGAUCGUCUUUAAUCUCAGAGAGGCCUGAACAAGAAACUGGGUUCACAAUGAAACCUGAAGAGCUUGAACGGUGGAGGAAAUACUUCGCUAGUGCUAAGGGUUCUGACAUAUUUGAUAUAUUGAACUAUGGAAUUAUUGUGGCUGCUAUAGAUUGCCCUAUGGAGUUCAGAAUUCGAAGGGAUCAGAUUGCUGAAACAUUGUAUUCAUGUGGAUCAAUGAAAAAAUGUUGUUUUCUGUCUGAAGGAGAUGCUAAUUGCGAGUAUAAGUCUGGUUCCAAUACUACUGUUGCUUGUGUAGAAGAAAAUAAGGAUGACUGUAGAGUAAAAGGUGAGAGUAUUGAUCAUGAAUGUGAUGAGAUGGAGAUGAAUAGAAACGACCCUUUUUGCGAGAAUCAAACUGUAGAGGAAGUUUUAAAGAUCAAACAAGUUCUCUUAGACAGUCAAAAUAAGUCUGAGGAGGAAUUGUUGGAGGCUAUGAGAAGGCUUCAAAUGAUGAUUAUUUCUAUGGAUACGCUGAAGGUAACUGCGAUUGGAAAGGCGGUCACUGGCAUUCGAAAGCACUCGUCAAAGCAGAUCUCUCGCCUUGCCCGAACUCUCAUCGAAGGGUGGAAGCUAAUGGUGGAUAUGUGGAUGAGUGCUAACGAUGAAGCUAUUGCUGCUGGAAAAAUUUCAUCAGGUUCCGGGAAUACCUCGGUUGUGGACGAAGGAAAGGACCCUACACCCCCUCCUAAGGAAAAAGCCACCGGUGAUGGAAAUCUCCGAAAUCCACCUAAUGAGGUUCGGCACAACUGUAUUCCUACAAUGCAGAGGAAAAAUACUCCAAAUAGCAAGCCACUAAAACCUCAUCAGGCUAAGGUCAUCACAACCGAGAAGAAUGGACCCAAAGUGGCAAGAAAAGAAACUGAGACCAGAAUGAUGACUAUAACCCCAAGUGAUGCAACUAAGCUGCGUAAUAACUUAAGUUCAGUUGAAGGUCAUCAAAAGCUUUCUUUGAGUGGUCCAACAAAUGAUGUGGAUGAAAUCUCAGUUCAAAUGAAACUUGAAGCUAGCAGGAAAAGGCUUCACGAUGGAUACCAACAAGCAGAGAAUGCCAAGAAGCAAAGAACGAUAAAGGUUAUGGACUUCAAAGACAUCCAGUUGAAGAGCCCUGGUAGUGGCAAACUCAGCCAUAUUAAACCUAAGAAGCCGAACUUAUUGCAAUUGCUCAGGCUAAAGCGAUAAAUGCUUGGACAUCACAAAGCAUGCAUACAGGAAUCCUACUAAACCUUUUGUAUUUUGAAGUCAUUGAUGGAAGAACAUCAAAACAUGUUUGUAACUGCAAAUGACAGCCACCUUCAUCCAUAGAUUUCCAUGACUGUUAAACAAGAAACUACUGAAGGAGAAAAUGAUUGUAUAUUCUGAGCCACCACCUAAGUUCAUAAAUCAUAGUGUACAGAUAAAAUAUUUGGAA